CGUCGCUGAGGCGGUUCCGGGGCGGGCGGCGGCCAUUGCGCGGUGACCGAGGGGACACCGCGGCCAUGGGGAAGCAUUUCGGCAAUCUGGCGCGGGUGCGCCAUGUCAUCUCCUACAGCCUGUCGCCCUUCGAGCAGCGCGCCCUCCCCAAUGUCCUGUCCCACGGCGUCCCCAAUGUAGGCCGCCGCUUCGCCUCGCAGGUGUUGAAGGUGGUGCCCCCCCUGGCCAUCGGUUACCUCAUUUAUUCCUGGGGCGAUCAGGAGUUCGAGCGGCUCAAGAGGAAGAACCCGGCUGACUACGAGCACGAGCAGUGACCAGAAGCAGUGACCAGAAGCAGUGACCACAUGGCUCCGGAGCUCCCUGAGGACCUGCUGUGCUUGUUCCCAUGGCCGGAGGGGAUUUACAGGGAGAUAAUUCUUGGCUAAUAAACUGUAACUUUGCCCCAUGA